GGUUACGUCACUUGAAGGGGGGAAAAACGAACUGACACCGGGAUAACGGGGAGUAGAGCGGAUAUCCGGAUUGUUGGAUGAAGGAGGAGGUAACCGAGCUGCGUUUCCCCUCAGUUACAGAGUGUCCGCUCUGUGUAUCCUGUUUCACGAUAGCCAUGCAGUCAGCGGGUUUAUGUGAUUACAGUUAGCGAGAUACCCGAUAGCUGCCUCAGGUAUUCACUAAACCGCGAACUGGGGACAACUGACCACAGAAUAAUGAAUAACUAACUGGUAAAAUAAAUAAAUGAUGCUUGGAGUGUUCAUUUGAAUUGCUGCAGGGUGUAUAUUAGAUUACCAUUCCUUCCUUAUUGAUGGUCACUGGCCAAAUGUACUAACGGAAGGGCUACCUAGUGAGGAAAAUAACAAGAACUCGGACCUAGCAUUGUCUAGCAGCUCUAACCCAUUCAUUGUUAUGUCAAUUUUACAGAUGUACCCAUUGUCUGAUACUUACACAUCACUUUGUAAUGUUUGCCCCUUUCUUGGUUAACAAGUUUAAACCCCAUAUUUACAUCUCCGUCUUCUCGUAGAUUUGCAGCUGCCAUACAACUACAAGACUUUCUGCGACAGUGCAAUUAAUGUGUUUCCUGUGCUCCUACCUGCUUUUUUUCUUGCUGUGCAUUUUCCACCAUUGUCUGUGGCACCAUGUGGUUCCUGGUUUUCUGUCCUCUAAGUGCUGAUGCCUCGUAGGAAACGCAUUGCAUAUAACCCACGUAAAACUCAGCUGGUGUUUUUAGAAAGCCCAAAGCCAGGUCAACUCCAUGAAUAUGGGCCUCACCCAGAAAAGACAGACCCUGUAUGUGUACCAACAAGGCCCCUGGAUGAGAGUACAUCAGUCUCCUGGGUAAGUAAUGAAAAAUGCAUGCAGUAAGAAGAACUUUUGUGAGUUUGUAAUAUACUGCAUUUUCCCUCUUACCAGUGUCUGCUAGAUUAAAGGACCACUAUAGUGCCAGGAAAGCAUACUCGUUUUCCUGGCACUAUAGUGCCCAGAGGGUGCCCCCACCCUCAGGGUUCCCCUCCCGCCCGGCUCUGGAAGGGGGAAAGGGGUUAAAUCUUACCUUUUUCCAGCGCUGGGCGGAGAGCUCUCCUCUGAUCCUCCUCCUCUCCUCCCCGUCGGCUGAAUGCGCACGCGCGGCAAGAGCUGCGCGCACAUUCAGCCGGUCGCAUAGGAAAGCAUUAUCAAUGCUUUCCUAUGGACGCUUGCGUGCUCUCACUGUGAUUUUCACAGUGAGAAGCACGCAAGCGCCUCUAGCGGCUGUCUCAUUGAGGAUUUGGGGUAAGGCUUAACCCAUUCAUAAACAUAGCAGUUUCUCUGAAACUGCUAUGUUUAUAAAAGAAUGGGUUAACUCUAGAAGGACCUGGCACCCAGACCACUUCAUUAAGCUGAAGUGGUCUGGGUGCCUAGAGUGGUCCUUUAAUUGACCAGUGAGUAGCUCUAAACUACCUUGGUUAUUCUUGGCACUCUGCUAUUGGCUAGUGAAAAUUAACCCCCUGGUGUGUCAUAGAUCCCCCAGACUUGCAGUGGCAAGCUUUGAGAGACAGGGUAGUUGGUAGUAUUCUUUAUUGUAGAAAUAAAAACAAAAUUGCUGUCUGAGGAGGUGGAAACAGAGCCAUCGGAGGGUCCUCAUUGCUGGAAUCAGGUAAGUGUUUAAAAGAUCUUUAACACUUUGCUGCCUAACACAUGCUCUGAAGAUAUUUACAGAUUAUUAUUUUUAAAUGGUUAUGCACGGUAAGCGAGGAUGCUGAGAUAACCAAGUCUCACAUGCCCUACAGACCAGCUAUGUUCGGGGAAAAGUCACCAAACAGACAAGAGUACCAGAGCAGGGAAUCUCUCAAAUCUGUUUGGGAGAAAUUCCCCGAACAUAGACCAGCUCUCUAACGUGGCAAAUUCAAGUCAGAGUUUUCAUUAUGCAGGUAAGUCGCAAAGGAAUACCUGUAGAAAAAUUAUUUGUAUUAUAGGAAUUGGUGAAAGACUGUGCUUCAGUAGAUAGAACCGAAAAUUCUUUGAGUGAAGGACUCGCAUAAAGCUAAAUUUAUUGUAUGAAUAUACAUACAGGUGUUCACGGAGUUCCCCUCACAAGUAGUAAGCUGGAGGUGCACCCUUACUGCAGAAGUGUGCACUUUGAGCUAAUAAAAAGAAGGCAUAUUAUGUAUUCAACAAGACAGACAAGAUGGCAAUCUUCAUAGAGUUGGGUAACCGAGAAUAUUAACCAAAUCAAGUCCCAACCACCAUGCUAAUUGUAUGUUGUAUGGUUUUUGUAAUGAUACCUAAUAUAAAAGAUGUAUAGUGGCAAGCAACUCUGCUAGAUUUUGUAGUUUAACAUUUAUCUUGUCACAUUUUUAUUUUUGCACAAAAUUUUGGUAUUAUUACUAUUUCACAUUAAAACCAAUACGAAUUUGGGAAACCAUGUGGAGCUCAUUUAUUAUAUUUAAUUUCCCUAGAUCUCAGAUCAAUGGCAGCCUAUGCCAAUUUUCAAAUUUGUUCUCACUGUAAAUUUACAGCAAGGUGAUUUGUUUCAUUUUAUUUUAAGUGGAGAUUACUUUACAUUUAUUAUGAAUUUAGUUUUGAAUAACACUGUCCUGCACUGCUGGAUUAACUCGCUCUGUUCACUUAUUUAUUUUUCUUUUAUUCUUUCUCUCACUCUCUCUUUUUUUCCCCUUCAUUAUAGGUAUCUCCUCAGUUUGAUCAAAACGAGCCUCUACAUUUCCCAGGCCGUCGCUGUCCACAACACACAUCCAUCAACAGCACCAUACACAACAAAUCCAGGAAUACAAGUUGCAUUAGAAGCAGAGCAACUGCAUGUAAAUUUCCCACUUUGUCAUUCACGAGCAAAGCAACCUCUGAAAAAAGACAGACCAGAUCUGUUUGUUCAAGAAAAAAAUCUGCAUUACCAAUGUGUAUAGAAUCUAGGGUAGUUGUAUUACCACAGUCUCCCAUUCCCCAGGAAAGUUCAUAUAACAGAACCCUAAGUCCUCCAGAUCUGCUGACUCCAGAUAAAAGUUUACAAUGUAUACAAAGCAUGCAACUCUCGAAUAAACAUCGAACACCAAUUAUAAAUGAAAAGUCCGAUCAGCGUGACAGGCUCAACGACUCACAAGUAGGAGACUCCGUUCAGGUGCUAGCAGAAGACACUCCAGAACAUCAAUAUGGAAUGCGUGUCACAUGGAGGAGGCGGGAACGAUUCAUGAGAUAUUUGAAAGAACGCGGAAGACUCGAGAACAGUCAGAUUUUGGUGAAGAAAUGAGAACGGGCAUUUGACAGAGCAUUGCCAGCAUAUUAGGGUCAUUUGCACAUGUUGACUGAAUUGCAGCGUAUUCACGGAUAUUAGUGAGCAGAAUUCACUAAUCACAGGAUUCUCGUAGGCUUUUGAACAGGGAAUAUUGGUCUGUCCAUUGUACUCUGUGGGAUCUUGGCAGCAAAUACAUAAUGACUUUUAACUGACCUCUACUAUGGUCACUAAACAUAUGAGCCUGAUCUGCUGAAGAUACACAUGCACACAGUGAUUUGUCUCAUUUACAUUACACAAUGAUGAACUUCACAGAGUGGUGGACUAUAUCUCAUUGUAAACAGGAAAGCCUUGAACCUCUUACAAAAUGUCCUAUAGAAUGCAGGCAAGCUUUUGAUAAUGUAUGAAAUUGAUAGGUCUUACUCAGUUAUGGGCUGCCUAUGGUAUCCCAGUUAUGACUUGGCAACAACUUCAGUCCCAAAUUAUGUCAUCACCGGUCUACGUUAAUACUCCAAAAUAAUUACUGUAUUUUGUGUGUAACCAUUUAACACACCAUGCACUUAAGUAUAUUUUGUACUGCUUACAUUUCCACUUUGUAAAUAUACAUUUCUUUUGGUGUAUAGUUUAAAUAAACAGGUGAUGGCUUAUGAAUAUGUGAUUUGCACUGCUUUCAUGGGAUUGAGAGUGCAUGCCAUACUUUGUGUGUCGUGAGAAUUAUGUGUUUAUAUAUGGGAUAAUAAAAUCAAUUCAAUUCAUGCUUCUCAAACAAACUGUCUAAUAAAUCUGUAUUUGUGGUUUUAUGAUAAACUCUAUGUGACCGUUUAGAACCUAGCUAGCAGCAUGAAAUGUGCC